AUUACGUCACCAGUGUCCAUGUCCUGAUGUACCUGUAGAAUCAGGUAGCCCUCUAGAUCUGCCUGUGUGUUUAUGGAAACGGGUACGACGAGCAUUCCGGUCAGAUCAUUCUCCUCCAGUUUUUGCUCUUUUUAAUACAUUUUGAGGACCACUGAAUGAGCCGCGGCGGUAUAUUUGUGGACUAAUAGUGAAAUCUAAGUCGAACAACCUUUUUUAGCUCUCCGGACUUCCGGAAGAAUCUCGUCAGACUUCAACUUUUCCCCCAUAUGGCACCCUGAGGCCUCAGUCCAGCAUCAGGUAACUGCAAAAGCAGCCACCAGAGGACGGUCCGGGCCAAGUGUUGUCCCUAUGGAGAGCACCCCGUCCUGGACCAGUGGUCCCAUUGAUGAAGGGCCAUACCGAGAACGCUCUGUCGAUCCAGUGGAGAUUGAGAUCCAGCACUUUGGAGUGAGGCACAAAAUCAGCAAGGAUGCCAAUGGCAAUACGACUGGGCCAGAGACUGUUAGCUUUCUUCCUGCCAAAGAAGAGCCCGUUUCAAGGACGUGUAUGUGUGGACCCUGCUCAUCUGUGGGUAGCUGCAGGAAGCUUUUUUGUAGCGUGUUGACUUGUGGACUGUACCGCGUAUGUCGGCGCUUGCCUUGUCUCGUUUCGAGCGAGAGCUCAGCUACCAGCGUGCAGGUGGAGAACCCGUCAAGACCUCCACAGGUUGCGAAUGGCUUCUAUCCCGACGUCUGUAUUGGUGGUGUCAAGGUGGACACAUCUGUCAUAGAAGAAGAUGAGGAGUGUGUGUCAUUUUCCACUUCUAAAAUCGAUAUGAACAGUACAAUCUACUUCAGUAGCUUACCGGAAGAUGACUUCAUCAGAGGCAACGAGACAGAAGAUGUGGACAAACUCAUCACCCGGAAGCUUAUGGAGGUCUUCUCUGAGUUUGAGAUCAACGAGCUGGCCAAGUGCACCUCGGACUCAAUGUUCCUGCGGCGUUCCCGGGAGAUCAGUCAGCUGAUCUCAGAUAUCGUGCAGGAGCACAACAUGGAGGAGCAGGAGGCCGAGUGCAGACUGGUGCGAGAGAUUAUUCGCAUCAGUACGCGCAAGAGUAAGAAAAGGCCGCAAAUUCGUCCACAAGAGCUACAGAGAGACAGCGGCAAUGACACCUGGAACAGCAAAAAGAACAGCCAAAAGAGCAGCUAUAAUUCUAUGAGUGAUGGAAAGUUGCAGAUUUCAAUGGAGAGGUCUGAUGACAUAGAAGCCAGGAAGUUGCGCAACAACAGUAACCAGUCAUUCUCUCCAAGUUUCCAGGAAACUGGUGUGCCGAUCACGUCGGACACUCCUUUACUACCCAGAAGCACACAGGCGUGAGAGUUUACCUUCAGAUCAUACAUCUUUUUCAUUUCCAAACAUCCUUAAACAAUGAAUACUUAAUCCCUGUGAAGAAUAUGUCCUCUGGCUUGUAGUCAGUGGAUGAUUUUGAAGUAUACCCCUGAAAAUUGUGAUUUCAUGGGUAGUUUUUUAACAUAUCUGAAGAUAUAGUUGUAUGUAUGCUUCUAUUUCACAUUUUUGUUCUUUGGUCUCUUGUGAUGGAUGUAUGAAGUAUUUCAAUGUUGCUGUCCAGAAGACAAAUGAAUUUGCUUGACUUCCUGAGAAUGAAGAAUGGAAAACAGUCUGACCUCUUUAUAGCCAACAGAUGGACAUAAACUGUAGCAUGAUUUAACUCUCCACUCAGUUCUGCCUUUUAAAGAGUUAAAAAAAAAUCUGUCAUAAUAUAUUCACCCUCAUGCCAGUUUUCCUUCCUUCAUGAAACAUCUCCAAGUUGACAAAAAGCGAUGGUGUUGUAGAUGACACACAAACAAGAAAAAUGGCUUUUGAAGACUUGUAAUAUAGCAAAUGAGUCCCCAAAGAUUGGCCAGAAUAUUCAAGAAUUCACUUUUUGUGUUGCACUGAAGAAAGGAAGGGUGUGCAGCAACAUGAGGGUUAAUAAAUAAAUGACAUUUUUCAUCUUUCUUAAUAGUGAACUAUUGCUUUAUUGAUAAGUUGAUGAAUGUAUUAGUCAAAUGUUGGCGCUUCAGUGAAAGUUUGGCUGUGUGUAGUUUGUUGUACCAAACAUAAUGCUUUGAGCCGGAAUGAAUGUUAAAGAGUGGUAAAUGGACCUGCUUAUUUAAAUGUACAAAGAAACAAUAUGCACUUCACUUGCCAUAAGCAGUCUAGGAUAGCAUUUAAUUGAUUGCUUGUUUAAAUUUAAAUGUAUAUUUUAAUGUGAAUUUCACUGUUGCAAGAGUAAUUUGUUAGGAAAAAACAUUCUCUUAUGUAAGACCCUUAGGGUUGCUUUAACAUGGAUUUUAAAGGAAAUUGAUUUCAUGGUACAUAGAAUGCUUGUUUUGCUCAAAGACCUGGUAAAAGUUGUACGCUAACUAAAUUAAAAUAUUUUGCAUUUGCAUGUGCCUUCAGUGAAGACAGCUGACAUCAUCAGAAUGGAGUAAAUGCACUUGUGUUCAACACAGAAAUCAAUUGUAUGAACAUUCACACUACUGUAAUGCAUGUAAAGUAUGCAAAUAAAAAAAAAUCCCUUAUGCAA